GGAGGAGGAGACGGAGCCGAACGCGCAUUUAAAGCGAUAGCCAUCCUCGCUCUCUCCCCAGUGCUGGGCUGUUGGAGAGCUCGAGCUGCAAGCCACCGAGCGCGAGCUCGAGCGCGGCGCGCUGGCCGGGGAACCCAAGAGCGCACGGCGCCCCAAGCUGGCAGGCGCUGCGGGACCCCCCACCCUCGCCGGCUGCCCUUCCCUGGGCGCCCCUACCCUCCUCGCCCGCAGGAGACCCUGGGCUUCCCCGGAGGAGCUCACCCCAAGGGGCCAGGACUCCGGCAAGCCCGCCACCGUCCCCUCGAGUGCCGCCGCCACCACCGCAGCCGCAGGAGCAGCAUGGUCCAGCUGGGGAAGCUGCUCCGCGCCCUGACUCUGGUGACGGUUCCCUGCUGCGUGCUGGAGGUGCUUCUGUGCGCGCUGGCGGCGGCGGCGCGCGGCCAGGAGAUGUACGCCCCGCACUCCAUUCGGAUCGAGGGGGACGUCACCCUCGGGGGGCUGUUCCCGGUGCACGCGAAGGGUCCCAGCGGAGUGCCCUGCGGCGACAUCAAGAGGGAGAACGGGAUGCACAGGCUGGAAGCGAUGCUCUACGCCCUGGACCAGAUCAACAGCGAUCCCAACCUGCUGCCCAACGUGACGCUGGGAGCGCGGAUCCUGGACACUUGUUCCAGGGACACUUAUGAGCUCGAACAGUCGCUCGCUUUCGUCCAGGCGCUCAUCCAGAAGGACACCUCCGAAGUGCGCUGCACCAACGGCGAGCCUCCGGUUUUCGUCAAGCCCGAGAAAGUAGUUGGAGUGAUUGGGGCUUCGGAGAGUUCGGUCUCCAUCCUGGUAGCCAACAUCCUGAGGCUUUUCCAGGGUGAGCGGCGAAGCUGCCGAGCGCCCGCGUCGCUGCCGCGGCCGGAAGACAGACGCCCCCCAAAGCCCCUCGCCUGGCUCGGACCAACGGGGCCGGCAGCCCAGCACUCCGGAGAAUCUUGGUACCAGGACCACACAAUGAAGAACUUGGAGUCCCCAUGGCUAAUCCAGCAGAGAGAAAAGGAGGAACAGAGAUGCGAGAGAAAAUAAAGGGAACUCUUGGUGCAAUUUGGUGCUGCUGCAGGCCCAAGUCCAGACUUGCAGGCUUUCUGGACCUCUGAGGAAGAUAAGCACUUCACUGGAACCUCUGCUACAGAACCAAACAUAUUGAAAUGACUCUUUACGAAGAUACUGAAACAACAGAAAAAGAAUACAUGACGAUUGUUUCUCCUGAGGGUUCAGUUACCUAGGGGGCCUUUAGCAAACUUUGACUGAUAAAUGUAACCUUUCCUUCCUUGGCAAUAGUUGAUCACACUGUGAGGAAAACAAGUUAGAGAAUGGAAAAAUAAUAUUUGGAUUUCAACGAAAUAAUAAAGAUGCAGGGACUAUCUUUGACUUUUGCAAGGUGAGAAGACAGUUUACAUUUUGAUUAUUUGAUGGCAGGAAUCCCUUUUAAAACAGGGCCAGUCUGCAUGAUGCAUUUAAAAAUCAACCUUUUCAAAUACAGCCAUAACCCCCACAAUAUUUCUUGAUUUCUCUGGGGUCAGAUAAACCAUCACAUCUCACAGUGGUGUCCUGUAUAUGAAAGUGAUAAACAUAACCUGGAAGCACAGCAGUGGCUAAAAAUAUGGAGCUGGUAGCCAUUCGUUGAAAUUAUUUUUUGCUUUUAAUUCAUUGCAUAAAAUGCUAAUGUCCAAAUUAAGGCAGGUAGAUCUUACCAACCAUCAAGAGCUUCAGCCCUGCUAACAGCUAAGUAUGCACUUUUAAACCCUACUUUGACUGCUCCAGAAACUUACUGGGUUUCUUUAAUGCCUCUUUUACUAUUUCCUUUGUGUCAUUUUGUUUUUCUUUAAAAACACAGCUGUGUGAUCUUGGGGAAGUUAUAUUAUUUCCUUGAGACUUGGUUGCCUUCUCUGUGAAUAUCUGGGUAUAAUUUUAGUAUUGCUCAAUAGAAUUUUUGGUGAUAAUGAAAAUAUUGUAUAUCUGUAUCAUGCAAUGCAGUAUUCAAUAGCUACAUGGAGCUAAUAAACAUCUUUGGAAUAUGGCAAAUGCAACUGAGGAACUGAUUUUUUAAUCUUAUUUUUAAAUUUGUUUAAAUAUAAAUAAUGCCACGUGGCUAGCAUCUGUUGACAGUACAGAUCUACAUAAUAUUUUAAGGACACUCUCCACUCAAAAACUCUACCAUUCAUUAACUCAACCUAAAUAUUUUUGCCCUCUGACAAACAAAAAAUAAUUUAUGCUUCCCUUGAAAUUAUCUGUCAAGACCUUUAUCAGUUUGGGGACAUUAUAUUCUUAAAAUUGACUUUGCUUUAUGAAACUUUAAUAAUGCUGGACUUUCCUGCCCUCGGUACCACCUUUGUGAUGAUGGGAAAUAUUGUGGAUGAUCAAGGACCAUUUCAAGAGAUCAUGGAGAGAAACCUCCUUCUGGAUUUAAUUUCAUUAUGAGGAUGUCAGAAUGCUAAAUUACUUAAAAUAAAACCCAUACCGUUUUUAUGCUAAGUUAUAUUCUACAUGUAGCUGGAAAAAUGUUAAAAAGAUUUUUA